CUGGAAGACGUAGAGUGGGAGGACUGGGAAUGAGGGGAGCCAGAGCACGCAGCUCCCCCGCCACAGCACCUCCCACCUCCCUCGCACGUCUCAGCCUGGCCCUGGAAGACACUGACUAAGACUGUCCCCUAAAUGGCCUCUAUCAGCCAGAGCUCUGGGGAAAUUCUGGGUUGCUCCUUGUUGGCCCUUUAGGCCUCUCCGCACAUCUGGGAAGGGGCUCGAUAAAUCCAAAUCAGGAACUCUGACUUGUGCUAACCCUAGGAUGACCCGAGGGGGAGGAGACCUACCCCCACCGGAAGAGCUUACAUUUUUCUGCUGAAUGCCCUCUGUUCCUGGGUACGCUUGCUAGGAAGUCCCAAGGGAUAGCCCUAGCCCAUCUACCUGUGUAGACAGAGGCUAAACCACCAAUCUCUUGGAGGACGCCGAGACAACACACUCUCACCUACAAGCAGGCAGGGAAGGCCGUGCCACCUGCCUUUGGCUAGACAGGGAUGCGAACACAUUUCAGUUCCUAUCCCAGCGGGUAAGAGGCAUUCGCUUCUGGGACAUUUGCCUCUCUUAGGAAUCUCCCUCCCAGGCAUUUUCCAUUCCUGGAAAGGUUCCUUGUGGUUCAGAAUCUAGAGACCAAAUUUUGAGUUCCCGCCUCCCUCCUUUCACCCAGUCCAGGUUGGUAUGUCCCCAAUGCCUUUCCCAAGGCUUCUUCAUGUCAGAUGCACCCGAGUCCUUAGCCCAGCUGUGCCACCUGCAAGAGUCUGCUCUUGCUCCUCUUCCCCUCCCCAAGAAGGGAGGGGGCCACUUCAGGCCCUUCCAUGCGUUGACUGGCAGGAUACCUUGUCCAACCAGCUACCCACCUCGACUCCCCUGUAGCUUAGGACACAAGCCAGCUACCAGCGGUACAGAGCAGUGAUCAAAGCCGAGUACUUACAACUCUGGUAAGCCCAGCUUCUCCGCCGCAACCCUUCGGUUUCCUGAAGGGAUAUGUUGGGGGUGAACUUCUUGAGACUCUCAUCAGGCUUCUGCAAAAGCUCUUCUUCCUGAAGGCAGAUCCAGUCUUUGUGGCUCUCACCCUCCACACUGGUAAAGCUGCGCCUCUCUUGGGGGAAUGAGGGGCUGCAGGAAUCCCUGGAGCCCCUGGUGCUUCAUGAUGCUGCUCUGGUGAUUCUUGUACAUAAUCUGGUGUGUUCACCAAUGAUUUAAAGGGAUCGUGGUCAGGGACGCCAAGAGAGUGGUGGUCACUUCCACUUCAGACCUUCCGUGAGGGGGUGGGAUGGAGAGAAUGCUUAAUCUUUUUUUUUUUUGAUGGGAUGGGGUUUUCUCUUUGUAAUUAUUUCUUUAGUUUAAUUAACCUUUUGGUUGUUUGUGCAAUAUUAUAUAUUUUAAAUUAUAAUGCAUCUCCCCAGAGUAUUUUCUAGCUGGGAAAAGAAAAAAGGAAAAAAAAAGAUUCUAACAGCUGUUAGUUUUGUAAUUAAAAAAGAAAGAAAAAAGAACUUUUUCCUGAACCUUUUCCAGAUUUGCCGUUAACAGCAUUAAAGAGAUUCAACAGAAGCUGGAAAGUGUCUGGGGGUCUGUUCUUGUCCCCACAGCAACUGCCUAGAGCCAGAGCAGGGUGGCUUCCUACUUAGAGCCUGGGGGAGGGUUGUGGUGGGAGGUAGCCUGGGUCCUGAGGAAGUCCCUUGUCCUCAUCCCAGACUCGGCUCGGCCUUUGGGAUGAGGAAGGGCCAAGCCCCCAGCAGGCCUCUCACCAAGACAAGGAGUCAAGAGGCUGUUCUGCAUUCCCAACGCUUCUGCUUUUAUUUGGAAAGGAAGUUGCAACAACAGUUUUUUCAGUUGCUCUUGGUCAUUUUUCUCCUGUCCUCCCCCUGUACGUGUAUGAUUCUGGGGACUGUUUUUAAUUAACUUUAGUUAAACACCGGUAUGAAAAUCACUUGUCAGCCGUAAUAAAAGGGAAGUCUGAAUGAGGCCCUCUCGUUCCAUGAAGAUCUUUAAAGGGAAAGAGAAGUAAGGCUGGGGAGGGUAUAGGUAAGAUUUAGGAUAAGUAAACUUAAAGUGUAAAAUAUAUAUCAACAUUUUAGAAGCGGGUUUUUGGGUUUGCUUUCUCCCCCUGCUUUAUUGGGGAGGACUUGCCAUUGCUUUUAUCAAGUGCUUGCUAGCCAUGGAUGCCAACUAACUUCUUCAAUUGAAGGCCGGAGGGUCAUGUCUGGUUCCAGGAGCCGCUUCAGCAAGUCCUGGCAUUCGGCUGAGAUGCCCAGAUGAGUGGGGAAGGACACCCCUUUCUGCUGCUGCCACAGCAUCUUGGGGAUGUCUGUGUCAUCAAAAGGUAGGCUGGCACAGAGCAUGACGUACAGGACCACGCCCAUGCUCCAGAUGUCCCCUUUCUUGCUAUCGUGGGGAAUACCCUGCAGUACCUCGGGGGCGGCAUAGGCUGUGCUGCCGCAGAAGGUCUGGCUCAGCUCCCGGCAUGACUUGGGCAACACCUUGGCGAAGCCAAAGUCUGUCAGCUUCAGGUUGAAACCCUGCAACAAGGCGUUCUCGCAUUUGAGGUCCCGGUGGGCCACACCACAGCCAUGGCAGUAGCGGAUGGCCUCGACCAUCUGACGGAAGAGGGCCCUGGCCCGGCUUUCAGGCAGUGGCCCUCCAUUCAGCACGCAGUCAAAGACAUCCCCUCCUUCAGCCAGCUCCAUUACCAGGUAGAUUUUCCCGUCAGCAGACUCCAGCAUCUCAUACACUUGAAUGAUGUUCUUGUGGUCCAGGGUACGGACAAUCUGGAGCUCCCGAGGCAGGAAUCUCUGGAUAAACUCUAAGGACACAAGGGAAAAGAGAAGGAGUGUCAAGUCCAGAAGGGCCUAGAACUCCUCUCCUGACUCCUGCCUUCCAGCUCUGGCCCACCAUGUCUGGGUCUUGUGCCUUGGUUCCCUUGCACAGCCUUUAACAUCCAGCUAUUUGGACACUGCAAAGAAUGUUCACCCCUGUUGUUUUUGUAGCUAAUAUAUUAUUCAGAGGAACUGUUCCCUGUCAGCCUCAGGGACCGUUGUGAGCAGCCUGUGAGACCGUGGAUAUCAAAAUGCUUUGGAGACUUUUUAGACAAAGCUGUUGAAUCUUUUGUGAGGCCUGAUUGCCCACAGCGUGGUGAGCCAGCUCCUCUCACCUCUGACUCCUGAGUCACAGUUCUUUCCAUAAGCCCUGUCUUUUCCCAGUCUCUACCUUCCUUGGCCCCACUCCUGCCCUCUGCUAGUCCUGGCCACAGCCUUCCAGUCUCUUCCCGUCCUGGAAUAGGAAAGCCCUGGUGGGCUUGGAUUCUGUUUCUGAGGAUCCUUCUACCUCCUGCAGAUUUAAUCUUGGACUUUGGAGGGUGUGAUUGUCCUUGACACCCAGCAUUCCUCUGUUCCCCACUGACCUACCCCAGAGCCACACUCCCUUGCUUUCCUUGGUUUCAGAUCAAAGAGAAGGAGGAAAUGGUCCUUCUGACUGGAGGAAGCGCCCACCCACUUCAGCCAGCCCUCCCUUCCUCCAAAGGGCCCCCAGCUCACCUUCUGGCCCUCCCAUCUUGUCUAUAAUUUUAAUUGCCACUUUUCUUUGGUGUUUUUUGGAAACUGCUUCCUUGACUUUUGAGUAGGUCCCUUCCCCAAUGGUCUUGCCCAGCUGGUACCCAUUGGAGAGCAGAAAGUCCUCCAUGCUGUCUAACACCUCCUUCCUUCCUAUUACCCUCUCAGCUCAUGCUGCCUCUGCGAGGCAGCUCUACUCCACCAUCGCCCUUGGCCCGCUCCUUUUCCCCCCAAGGACUUCAUCCGCAGCCGCCCCCAGGGCUAAAGCAUUCUCCGUCUGGAGACAGCAGCCGCAGGUGGUGGGGAGGGAGAGGGCCAGACAUUUUAAAACUCUGGCCUAAUUGUGAUGUAAAUGAUGUGUGACUCUUGGCCAAAAUGAGCAAUGCUCCUAUCUGCCCUCACCACCACCACCACCAAACCCUGUCCGGGUUCAGUCACUGCUGCGCCCCGACCCCGCGCCAGGCAGUGAGUCGCUCGCGGCCCCGCCUGUGGGGGGCGCUCCAGGGGUCUGCGCGCAGCCCAGGAUGCCAGGCUCCUUUCGGCGGACGCCGCCUCCUGUGCCCCCAUAGGGCAGCUCGGGGUCUGUGCGACCCAUGGCAUGAGCCCUCCAGCUCUUGGCUCGCCACCCCGCUAAGUGCCCGGGCAGCGUGAGGUUCCCUGGCCGGAGGAACGGGUUCUAUGAGGUCACCGCGCCUCGGCCCGGGUCACAAUGCAGCCUUCCCCUUCGACGCCCGGGAACGGACGCGCAGCAGACACCUGCCCGGAUCCGCCUGGACCGGAGCGUCCUCCCGUGGCCAGGGCUCGGGCAGCUGCUUCCGGCCUGGGACCGGUCUCGGCCUCCGGCAGAGCGCCCCGGGGCCUGGACAUGAGUGCCCAGGAGCCCCCUCAGGGUCGAAGAUUCCCCAUUGAGGCUGGAGACUCCCCCGGCCUUGCCGCCGCCCCUGAGUCCCAGGACAGCCCGGAGCCUGUAGCUACGGAGCACAACCCGGUCAGGCCGCUUCGACGCUGCCCCGGUUGCCACUGCCUGACGCUGCUGCACGUGCCCAUCGACGUCUACCUGGCCAUGGGCGGGAGCCCCCGGGCCCGCGCCACCUGAGUGCGCCUGCGCACGACGGCUCGGCGGGAGCCGGGCGGGGACAAGGCCCGCCGCGGGCCACCACGCUGAGGUCGCGCGCGCCGAGCACGAGACAGUGAUGCACAUUUUUAAAUAAAAGAAUGAUGCACAUUUUAAUAAAGCACAGCAUAAACUGUUCUUUUCA